AAUCUUAUCAGUCGGCGCAAAGCUGCAGUAGCUUCGAUGGAUGCGUGCGCUUACCUACGAGCGCAGUGUGCGCGUGGACUUUGCUUGGAUCGCGUCAAAACAAAAGUGCCUUCAUUUAGUGGUGGAAUGAUGUUAGAAAGCUACGAGAGUGCGCAGUUUCGGUGUCGCGUGUCGUCGUUGUGCAACAACGCUUUGUUGGAUGUGGUGCGCGAGUAGUGAAUUGGUGUUGAUCUUCCAUUGCUCGUUAUCUGAGUGUCGUCGGCGGUAGUCGAUGCUUCGAUCGAAUUAUGACUAUAGACAACACGAGCUUCUUUUCCUACAUCUACUCGUCAUGGCUUACGAAGUACCUGUGGAAGGCCUACAGGAAAGGCAUUACUCUUGACGAAGUACCGGACAUAUCGGCUCUGGAUAGCUCUUCGUGCAACAUACAAAAAUUCGAGAAUCUAUGGAACGAAGAGUUGAGGCAUCGAGGGCCGACCUCGGCGUCCCUGCCGCUGGUCGCCUGGAGAUUCGUUAGGUUCCGGGUUCUCACCUCGUGUAUUUUGAACGCUGCUUCCCAAAUCGUCAGCUUCAUACUUCAGACGAUAUUUUUGAGAAAACUUCUGGAGUACAGCGAGGGUUCCGAGAGUUAUUUCUUCAACGGCAUGCACUGGGUGAUCUACAUAGUCGUAUUCGAUCUGCUGCAGAUGACGCUAUCGACUUGGAGUGAUAUAAUGAAUCAACGAACGGCUCUUCGCUUGAAAUCAGCUUGCUUGAGUCUGCUGUUCAAAAAAGUCGUGAACUUGAACAGCGUCACGCAUAAGAACACGGAUGAACUCUUGAGCAUGCUGUCGAGAGACGGGCAUAAAAUUUACGAGGCGGUUAAAUAUGGAACGUCGAUAGUCAAUGGCCCAGUUGUGACCGUAUGCGCGCUGAUCUGCAUUUCGCUCUGGUUGAGUCCAUCAGCGCUAUUGGGAAUAGUCAUAUUUCUGUCGUUCUAUGUUAUUCAAUAUUGGUUAGUGCAUUUGAUCGAUUAUUGCAAAUCGGGCGCUAAUGAAUUCACUAGGAUUAGAAUAAAGAAAACAGUGUCAGCACUGAAAUCCAUUAGACUGAUCAAAAUCAAUGGAUGGGAGCAGCAUUUCGUUCAAAAUAUAACAAAUGUUCGCAGUAGAGAAAGCAAAUGGCUGUGGAAACUUUCGUACGUUAAUAGUCUCAAUUCAUCGAUAGCUCAUGCCAUCCCGAUCAUUGCGAUCAUAGCAAUAUUUUUCAUGCACUUUAGCAUGACUCGUGAUUUGACAGCAUCAGUAGCUUUUCCGAUCUGUGUUGUUGUCAUAGUACAAAUGCAAAGUGCCUUUAUGUCGAUGAAAUCGUCUUUAUCUCGCCUCAGAGAUUCACUGAUAACUUUCAACAAAAUUAAGGGCGGUCUGUUAUUGGAAGAUACCAGUUGCCACGUGUCAAAGCCAUACGAGGCGUCCCAGGCAGUAGCGAUUGUUAACGGAACCUUUGUUCAUGAUAAAUUUAAGAAGCAAAACUAUGAUUCUGAAAAUGCAGAGGACGCAAAAAAAAAUAAUUUUGCCAGCAUCGACAGUGUAACUGAACCAGAAAAGGAGAAGUUAACAGAGCAACCGACGUUUCAGCCUAAGCGCAUUGAAAUUCUAUCCAACAUAACCUUCAAGGCGAAGAAGGGUCAACUGAUCGGAAUUUGCGGCAAAGCCAACAGCGGCAAAUCAUCUCUUCUAUUGGCUGCAUUGGGUCAGAUCAAGAUGACCAAUGGUCAGCUGAUGCGACAAGGCAGCUGCGCUUACGUAGGUCAAAAGGCUUGGCUGUCUAACACUACAAUUAGAGAGAAUAUUCUAUUCGAAGAAGCAUACGAUGCCAAGAGGUACUACGAGGCUCAGGUGGUUUGCAAGCUGAGGCAGGAUAUAAAAAGACUACCCGAUGGUGAUGAAACUGAGAUCGGAGAAACUGGAGUGGAAAUACCGGAAGCACUGAGGCAGAAAAUAGCACUUGCAAGAGCAUUUUACGCUGACAGGGACAUUUACUUUAUGGAUGAUCCUCUGAGCUCCAUGGAGAAUAGCGUGGCGCAAGAGAUAUUUGAAGAUCUUAUUAUCAGAGCACUCGGAGAAAAAACUAUUCUUUUCGUUACGCAUGACCUCGAGUAUUUAGAUAGAUGCGAUUAUAUGUAUAUCAUGCGUGAUAGAAGAAUAGCAGAACACGGAAGACACAAAGAAUUAAUGCGAUUAGGUAGAGAGUACGCGGCGAUGGUCCGAACAGCGAUCGACGCAGAAGGUGAUUAUGCCAAUGAAUUUUCAGAUUCUCAGGAUGAUAAUUCGGAAAAAGAAACGGAAGAUUUGAAAGCAAAGGAAAAUAGAAAAGCUUCCUUAAAUAACGGCGCGAACACGGAUAAUGAGUCACGUAAAUCAAAUAGUAGCUCUAUCGAUGGCGAUGAAGAUAAUGUCGAACCUCGAGAAAUAACCGCAAUGACAUACUACACCUACGUGAAGUCUCUCGGCGGGUUCGUUCUACUUUUUCCCAUUAUUUUGGUGUACGUUAUUUACGCCAGCAUUGGAGUUCUCAGCUUACUACGACUAACCUGGUGGAUAGAAGCUAUUAAUGAUACUGAAAAAGAAAAUAGUUUCUCGUUUUACAAAAAUUGGUACGGCUCCUGCUUCUUCCUCGUCGUACUGGGCUGCAUAGUACAAAGCUUCGUGGUGCAAUUCGCGACUACGAGAAUAGCCGAUAAUAUACACUACAAUCUCCUGAAUAAAAUACUUAACGCCCCGAUAAAAUUCUUCGAUGCUGCUUCAAUCGGAAGAAUUAAGAAUCUCUUGUUACAGGACUUGGAUAAUGUUAGUCUCUCGCUGCCGUCUAAGUUGGACAAUACUUUGCGAUAUAUGAUAGUUGGAUUUAUCGCGUUCUUCGUUUUGAUGAGUACGAUUCCGUGGUUCACCAACUACGUAGUGUUUUGCAGCAUACUUUUCUUCUUCGUUGGAAAAAUUUACAGAGCUGCUCAAAAAAAUCUUAUACGUCUGGAAAACAUGGUGAGACUAGCAACUAAGAAUUUUCUUCAGAAUAGUAUCCAAGGCCUUAGCACAAUACGAACGUUUAAGAAGGAAAACGAUUUACUGAGCAAAUUCCAGGACCUGAUGGAUCACAACAGUGCCUGUAUUUUUAUCAAAGGCGUUUCGGAGAAAUGGCUUUCCAUAAGACUACAGAUACUCACGACGACCUGCAUUUUCGUCGCCGCGUCUUCAAUAGUGACCAUGAAGGGAGAGAUAUCGCCUGCUGUAGCUGGACUCACGUUCGUCUUUAUACUGCAAGUGCCGAACAUCAUCGAGAUGAACAUAAGAUAUUUUUCAAAAACGGAAAUCGGUUUUGUGAGCGUGAAGAACAUAUGCGACUAUCUGCAAGCUUUAGUACAUGAAAGAGAUAACAAACCGGCAUCGUUCAAUCCAGAUUUAGAGUGGCCAGCCACCGGGUCGAUCGAUUUUGAAAAGGUGCACAUGACUCUAGGCUACGAUGCUCGAUUCAUGCUAAGCAAUGCCACUUUUUCCAUUAUGGACUCGGAAAAAAUAGGUUUGCUAGCCAGAAAAGAACUGGACAAAAGUGCUUUCAUCGAAGCAAUAUAUAGAUUAAACGAGUUGGCCGAAGGAAAAAUUUCCAUCGACAACGUUGAUAUAUCAAAAAUCGACUUGAAAUUACUUAGAAAUCGAAUUUCCAUUAUACCCAGAGCACCUGUAUUCUACGGUACAGUAAGGUUCUUCUUGGACCCGGCAAAGUUGCACACCGAUGCGGACAUUUGGCACGCGCUGGAAAGAGUACACUUGAAGGACAAGAUAUCGGCAGUCGCGUCGAAGCUCCAUUACACGAUAGAUGGAAAGAUUUUCAGCACCAGUGAAAAGCAGCGGCUAUUCCUCGCAAAAGCGUUCCUUUGCCAAAACAAGAUACUACUGAUCGAAGAGAUAGUCAAUCCCGAUUUCGAGGCAUCGGGUCUGGUGAACCAGGUGAUAGAAAAAGAGUUUUCCAAUAGUACCGUCGUAACGAUCACCAGCCGUACUAGAACAGCUUUAUCGUGCGACCGCGUGUUGGUGAUUGACAGCAGCCGAGUUCUGGAGUUCGAUACUCCAUCCAUACUGAUGGCUGAUCAAAAUUCAAAUCUGAGGAAAAUCAUCGAAGAGGAGGACGCAGCCAAGAAGAGAAGAGCUUCCAUUCAGAAACUUUAAAGUUCGAUCGACCGAUAGUUUUAUUUAUGCAAUCGUAUAGCAAUUCAUUUUUUAUGACACACACAGCGAACUUUGUAAAAUUAAUAAAAAACAAAAUUGUUAAAAAAAA